CAGGAUUUUGUGUUCUUGCAGCUUUUGAGUCAUGAGACAUUCUUCCAUGUCUGGUUUGGUUUUCUGGACCAUAUUUCUCCUCACCGCCUCCACUCAAGCUUAUUACGACGGACCUUUCUACGAUUCUACUGCCUACACAGAGUGUAGAGCGGAACCAGAGAAGCCACUUUACAAUGGAGGGAUACUGAAAGACAAAGAACCUUCUGUGUCAGGCACAGACACUCUAAGGAGCGUUGGUACUCGUUACACGCCAGCUUACAUAUUGCACAAUCUCACGCAAAACACCAUCUAUUGCUUCUCCAUUUGGGUGAAGAUAGAGGAAGGAGGUGCUGCAUCAGCUCGUGUAAGAGCAAGGCUGAGAACAGAAAACGCCACUUUAAGCUGCGUUGGUUCAGUAUCUGCCAAAAAUGGUUGUUGGUCUUUCCUCAAAGGAGGCUUCCUUGCUCAUUCUCCUUCCCAACUAUCCAUACUCUUCUUUGAGACAUCAAACGACGAAGGGAAGAUCCAAAUAGAUGUGGCGAGUGCCUCUCUUCAGCCCUUCACGCAGGAGCAAUGGAGGAAAAACCAAGAUUACCUCAUUAAUACCGCGAGAAAACGAGCAGUGACAAUUCACGUGGCCGGAGAAAACGGAGAGAGCGUUCAAGGAGCAGCGGUCAGAGUAGAGCAAAUCUCUAAAGACUUCCCCAUUGGAUCUGCCAUCUCCAAAACCAUUCUCCGUAACAUUCCUUACCAAGAGUGGUUCGUGAAGAGAUUCGACGCGACGGUGUUCGAGAACGAGCUGAAAUGGUACGCGACGGAGCCCGAUCGAGGCAGACUCAACUACACACUCGCUGAUGAGAUGAUGAAUUUCGUCAGGGCCAAGAGAAUCAUCGCUCGUGGCCACAACAUCUUCUGGGAAGAUCCCAAAUACACUCCCGACUGGGUUCGCAAUCUAACCGGCGAAGAUCUCCGGUCGGCGGUGAGCGGGCGAAUCAGGAGCCUCAUGACUCGGUACAGAGGAGAGUUCGUGCACUGGGACGUGAGCAACGAGAUGCUCCACUUCGACUUCUACGAGAGCCGCUUGGGGGAGAACGCGUCCUACGGGUUCUUCGAGGCGGCGCGUGAGAUUGACUCGCUGGCGACUCUGUUCCUCAAUGAUUUCAACGUGGUGGAGACUUGCAUCGACGAGAGGUCGACGGUCGACGAGUACAUCGCGAGGGUCAGGGAGCUCCAACGGUACGGCGACGGAGGAGUACGGAUGGACGGAGUCGGGCUCGAGGGUCACUUCACGGUGCCGAACGCGGCGCUGAUGAGAGCCAACCUCGACAAACUAGCGACGCUUGAGCUUCCGAUCUGGCUCACCGAGAUUGAUAUCAGCUCCACCCUCGACCACCACACUCAGGCGAUUUAUUUGGAGCAAGUGUUACGUGAAGGAUUCUCGCACCCAUCGGUGAACGGUAUAAUGCUAUGGACCGCACUUCAUCCUAACGGCUGUUACCAAAUGUGCCUCACUGACGAUAAUUUCCGGAACCUUCCGGCCGGCGACACGGUGGAUAAGAAGCUUCUAGAAUGGAAGACCGGUGAGCUUAAGGCGACGACCGACGACCAUGGUUCUUUCAGCUUCUUCGGCUUUUUGGGAGAGUAUGAGGUCGGCAUCAUAUACCAGGGUAAAACGGUGAAUUCUUCUUUCUCGCUAUCUCGAGACCCUGAGACCAAACAUGUUAGGCUCCAAAUCUAACGUGUCUUAUGUUUAAGAUUAUCAUCUGUUAACUAACAUACGCUGCGAAUCUUAUAUGGUCGAUAAAGAUACUUCUAAGUAUAGGGUUAUCAUCAAUAAA